UAAGCGAACCGUAUGAAACACAGCUUUGUAUUUAACACAAUCAACACCUGAGAGUUCCUUUCACGAAAGUAACGGAGAUUUUCCCCCAAAAACAGAGAGAAAAACCAAAGGGUUAUUAUGUCGCAGAGACCCAGACGACGGUGCGAGGGCACGGCUAUGGGUGCUAUCGUUCUCGAUCUCCGACCCGGUCUCGGUGUCGGACCCUUCACUCUCGGGAUGCCGAUAUGCGAAGCGUUUGCUCAGAUAGAGCAGCAGCCUAACAUUUACGAUGUUGUCCACGUGAAGUACUUCGAUGAGGAGCCACUGAAACUGGACAUUGUUAUUAGCUUUCCAGAUCAUGGUUUUCAUAUUCGCUUUGAUCCUUGGUCACAGAGGCUACGCCUUAUUGAAAUUUUUGAUGUAAAACGGCUCCAAAUGCGCUAUGCAACUUCUCUGAUAGGGGGACCAUCCACUCUAGCUACUUUUGUAGCUGUAUAUGCACUUUUUGGGCCAACCUUUCCUGGGAUUUAUGACAAAGACAGAGGUGUUUACACUCUAUUUUACCCAGGGCUAUCCUUUGCUUUUCCAAUUCCUAGUCAGUAUACAGAUUGCUGCCAUGAUGGGGAAGCGGCAUUGCCAUUAGAGUUUCCAGAUGGCACCACACCAGUUACGUGUCGUGUCUCCAUAUAUGAUAGUUCUACCGACAAGAAAGUUGGUGUAGGAUCCUUAAUGGACAAGGCUACUGCUCCUCCAUUACCUGUUGGCAGCCUUUACAUGGAAGAGGUGCAUGUUAAGCUUGGAGAAGAAUUAUACUUCACAGUUGGAGGCCAACAUAUUCCUUUUGGUGCGUCUCCGCAGGAUGUCUGGACUGAAUUGGGCCGUCCUUGUGGAAUUCAUCAAAAGCAGGUAGACCAAAUGGUUAUUCACUCUGCAUCGGAUCCUCGUCCACGGACGACACUUUGUGGUGAUUAUUUCUAUAAUUAUUUUACCCGUGGUUUGGACAUCUUAUUUGAUGGGCAGACUCAUAAAAUCAAGAAGUUUGUUUUGCAUACGAACUAUCCUGGUCAUGCAGAUUUCAAUUCAUACAUAAAGUGCAAUUUUAUUAUCUUUAGUUCACACUUUGAGGGGUCUUUUGAGGAAGUGAAUAGCAGGGUACACAGGAUUACACCAAGCACCAAAUGGGAGCAAGUGAAGGAAAUUCUUGGUGACUGUGGCCGCGCUGCCAUCCAAACACAAGGUUCUACAAGCAAUCCUUUCGGAUCUACAUAUGUUUAUGGUUAUCAAAAUGUUGCCUUUGAGCAGGUGAUGAAGAACGGUUAUAUUGCUACUGUAACUCUUUUCCAGUCAUGAUUAUAAUGUCCGAUACUGCCGCAUUGUGACGUUUAUCUUAGUUCAACUGAAGCCUUGCAAAACGGUUGUCGGUUAUUGCAAUUCUGAUUCCUGUUAUGCUGUUUUGAUUUUUAAGUUACCCGAGUUCGAUGCUGGUGUGUCACAAGCAGUAGGUGGGAUAUCAACAGUAAAUUUGUGCUAAAGCAGUAAAUACUCUUUGUAAACACCACCGUGGUGCGGUGCAAUGAUAAUUGUAAAGUUAUCUAUAACUAUGUACAGAUAACAGAAACGUUUGUACAGUGAUAAUGUUUAUGUGUCUUUGUAAUUUUCAAAAAGAACAAAUAUUUAAUGCAAAGUAUUUAUGUUAUUCAAA